GUCUCCCGCGGCGACGCGCCGAUCGGCGACGAGAGAAGUGGCCCAGCCGAGGCUGCCGUGAGACCGGAGCGGCGACGACGAUUUGUCUCAAGUGUAAUCUUGAAUUAUUGCCAAGCAAUCGCAGAGCUUGAGAAACGAGAGCACGAGUGAAACCACCUGCCUGAGAAUUAGGGCCCGAGCAGAACGGCCGUUCCUAAGUCGAACCGUUGAACCCCCUAAGACACAGGACGAGGACUUGAGACCCAAGACAUUGUCCGUUCUGCCGAGGCCGUUGGCUCGAAAGCUACGCGAAGCGAAUGAACAUGAGCGACGCGACUAAUCGCUCCCGUGGUGUUUUCAGCAGCAAGAUGACGCCGGAGGGGUACACGCGCGUGUACGUGGGCGGGCUGAACGAGAGCAUCAAGAAGGAGGACCUGCAGAUGGAGUUCGAGAAGUACGGCAAGCUGAACAAGGUCUGGGUGGCGUUCAACCCGCCGGGCUUCGCCUUCAUCGAGUUCUUCAACAUGAACGAGGCCGAGCUGGCGUGCUGCAACAUGAACGGCAUGGAGAUAAUGGGUGCAAAGUUGCGGGUGGAGAUCUCCCGGGGUAGGGGCCGCGGCGGCGGCGGCAGGGGCGGUGGCGCGGGCGGUUUCCGCGGCAGUCGCGGGGUUGGCGGUAGGGACUUCGGCUCACGGGGCGGCGGAGGCGCCGCCUCCGCCGGUUACAGGGGCAGUACUUACGGGGAUUACGGAGGCAGCUAUUAUACAGGCAGGGGUGGCGGAAGUAGGGGCAGAGGUCGUUACGGAGAAGACUAUAUGUUCAAUCGCAGCAGCGGGUAUGUUACGCGAGACGGAUAUACGCAAGACGUCUACGGUGGUAGUAGCGGGGACGCUGGCGCCGACUACUACACCGGGAAGGAGACGAGCACGGCGAGGUAUCGCAGCCGCUCGCCCGCCGGCCGUGGCAGUCAUCGUCAUCUACGUGAAUGCACAUAAAAGAACUACGCUGCGUCUUGCCAAUCUGAACUGCGGGCCGAUCAGCCACCCGCCUCGACGACUUCAUUUCUGUCCAAUCUACACAGCGACCUGUAUAUAGACGAGAGCUACCAUUGCAGUUUGCGCUGUGCAAUGUUUUCCGUGCAUUGUAUCACUCCCAUACGAUCCGUGGUCGCUGCCGGGGAACAUUUUCUAUGAUUAACAGACUCGACAGUUCCCUCUAAGAGCAUUCUCACGCGAAGCGUGAAACACGCGAACCGCAGAAGGUUCAAGAGAACGAUUAAUAUUCGAAGAAGUAAUUAACAUAGAGCUGUAAUCUAUAGAGACUAUAACACUAUCUACAAUCAUCAAUUUGCUUUGAAACGAAACCGUACUGUGGGUUGUUUUUAGAUCUCUCCUUCCUUUACGUACAUUUUAGAUUUUUAGUACGUAGAAUUUUUUUUGUGGUCCUUGGUUUACGAUUAUAAUACAGACCUCGAGUCUCAUUUGCAUACAUAUAAUCCCACGACCGUUUAAAAGUAAUAGCAUCUCGUAAUUUUGUUGAUUUACUUUACUGGCUUUUAGCUACCACUAUUUCCAGCUUUCCGAGAUAAGUUUCCGUGACUGCAAUUAACGACGGUCCACAAUCUUGUGAAUAUCAUUCUCACGUAUUUAGAUAGAAAACGUGUGCUCGCUUAACGUUUUAUGAAUAGUAACGAUUUUAUAUGGAAUCGGAAAGGAGACAGUAAAUCGCGCGCGCAACACUAGCCAAAUGCAAACUGCUGCUCGCAUAUAACAGUUGAUAAUUUGUUGUGCAAGCGAAGAAAGGCGGGGUGCUCGCAAAGGUACCUUGGCAAUUUCGACGCACAAAACGACGAGAUCAAAAUCUUGCGAAGCCAAAAAAAACGCGAUCCAUAUAUGAUAUGUAUCUUCCACAACUUCAGUUUUGUGAUAUACGUGCGGAUACAGUGCUGCAUUUGGAAAGAGAACGUCUGAGCAUCCCCCACUUUUGUCAUUUCAGAUGCUCGUAAAUAAGAAAGUGAUAAAAAUAGUGGUAAUGAUGUAUAUUAUCUCCACUGUAAAAGAUGGAAUUGGAAAUUGAGAUAUUAAACGAUUUGCGCUCA